AAAGUGUUUGUUGGCUCGUGUCAGCCAGUGUUGCGGGAUUACGUCAGUGGUAAAAACGGGUUAAAACUGUAGUCCUCCUCCUCCCGAUUGUGGGUGGGAGGCAAGAUAUUAUUAUUAUGCACGUCGAUAUGAGGGAAAGGGAGCAGAACAUAUAUAACAUCACAUCGCAUUUACUCUGGCAUGCAUUGUUUAACUUAACAGAGAGCUCGGGAGAGAAAAAGAGCCAGAGAAAGAGGGGUUUUGGGGUUGGUUGGCAUUAGUUGGUAGGCGUACUGCUCUCCUGGUAACAAACACCGAGGAAACCGAACCCGGGUAUCUACUUGCUCAUUACUACCACUAACCAUCCAUCCAUCCAUCCAUACCACCCGACCGAACCGAAUAUAGAUAGUGCACAGGGCAUUGCAUUGUAUCGCUGCUACUCAGCUCAUUGUGGCUCAGCCAGCAUUCUGUUUGUUUCACAGUCGUUCCUUCUUCGUCCGUGGUGCUUAUAAGUAUCGAUUCGGAGACAAUACAGCUCCUAAAACGAGGAGGAGGACAAGUUUCGCAGGUGUGGUUCGUUUGUGUUCGAGACAUUCUUCUUCGCAACAAUACACUCGCUGCACUCGGGUGAAGGAGCCAUUUUAGAAAAAAAACGUUGGCAACUUUCUCACUUUAUUUCGGGACGACAGGACAGGAUACGAAUAAGCACGCAUUGUUUGGAGGUGACGUUAUAUAUGUUAUUGUUGUAAUUGAGGAGAAAAAUUGUGGUUGAAAAUUUGAGAUAAAUUUCAAAGAUAAGAUGACCGGACAACAGUUUAACCUUCGGUGGAAUAAUCAUACCAACAAUUUGGUUCAGGUAUUUGCGGACCAGUAUGAGCGUGAACAAAUGGUUGAUGUCACGUUGACCACGCAGGGAAAGUUUUUAAAAGCUCAUAGGAUGGUCUUAGGGGCAUGUAGUCCUUAUUUUCAGGAAAUUUUUGACCGUCACGACACUACCCCCCAUCCAAUAAUUAUUAUGAACGGGUUCGAAUUUGAAGAUGUCCAAGCUGUGGUCGAAUUCAUGUACAAGGGAGAAGUCAUGGUUUCAGAAUCAGUCAUGUCCAGAUUACUGAAGGCAGCUGAAGGACUGCAAAUCAAAGGCUUGUCCAACGUCCGAUCUAAACGCGAAGCUCCCGUCGAUGUACAUGACGACGAUGGAGAUAAAGCCUCAGAUCUUUCUUCACCAAACUGUGAACUACCAAAUAGGAGAACAAGUGGUGGUGGAGGUUCAGAAAUACCAGAGAGGCCUAACGUCCCUUUGCACAGAAGGCGAAAAAGAGCUCGGACAACUUCUCACGACACCAAGAAAGCGAAACAGCAAACACAAUCUCCAAAGUCAGAAGGAAAUAUCACCGACACGUCUCGGUCAACCGAAGACAUUGAUCAUGAAGAUCCCAUGGAUGAUUUAUUAACCGCGAUUAACAUUGAACCCCCACUUUUACGCGAUAUCGACGCCAACGAUAUUAAGACUGAGUGGGACUCGCCUUUGAAAGAUGCUGUAAGUAGGAAACAGAAAGUGAAAGACGCCAAUACCAGCGAUGAAAAAUGUAAGAGUAUAAUAAAGAUGCCAUUUGAUUUUGAACAAAAGGAGAAAAUCCCAAGACCUCCAAACUCGUUCAUGAUAUUUGCAAAUGAGUGGCGACGACAACUCGCAAACCAGUUUCCGAAUGAGAGCAACAAAGAAAUUAGUGUACGAUUAGGACUCAUGUGGAAAAAUUUGUCAGAAGAACUCAAGGCAAAAUAUUUCACUGCUGCCCGACAAGCUAACGACGCCCACAAGAUAAAAUUUCCACAUUAUCACUACAAUCCAAAGGAAGCACGUCUCCGGAAAAUGUGGAAAAUGCAACAAGCACAAAUGGGACACAUGGUAGCUGCUGGUCAUCAGUAGGAUGAAGGAUGAGAGCUUUAAUUAUAUGUGAAUUAUUACACGACGACGAUGACGACGACAAUUUAGAUAUGCAAAAUAUUUUCCCGUUGAAAUAUACAACUAAAUAUCAUACAAAAUUAGAUAUUUAAUGAAGGAUUGAAAUCCUUGUUAUGUUGACUAAUCAUAAUCAUUACGUAAAAACAAAUGUCGAUUACGAGUCCUCCCGACCUCUUUUUCUCAGAAUAUUUUGAGUCAUUUUCCGGUGCGGUGGGUGGGUCUGGAUUAUGUAAUAUUCCGACAAGAAAGCUACUAAAUAUAGUCAAUGAUAUGUUUCAUUUGCCAUACUAAAUACUAAUAAUUAUUAUUCUAUAAUUUUAAUUAUUCAUUCUUGUCAUUACACAAUGUUCAAGGUAACUUUACGAUGCAUUUAUUUUGUUUUAUAAUUUUUGCUUUCUCUUUUCGUUCCUUUUUGUAGACUGAUUGAGUUAUCAUAAGGUAAUUUAAAAUACUAAAUUUUAGAGGAAGCUUAGUCAUUACAUAGUUUAGUUACGUGUGGAGAAAAAAAUCAUAAAGCGCUUGUUUAAAUUAAUAGUCGUGCAGUGAUGCGGAUCAUUUUUUAUAGUCAAUCAUCAAAGUCAGGUCAGAUCAAGGUCAGUCAACUUCUGUAAACAACGAGACAAAACGAUGACGGUUAAAUAUUAUUAAGUGUAUGGUGUUGUAAUAAUCAUAAUUAGCGUGCUAAAUAUUAUUAACAUUUUGCUUACUCACAAAACAAAACUUUUUUGAUUUAAUGAAAUGACCUAAAAAAUUAAUUGUCAUAAAUAUGUACGAGUAUCUAUCGCAAAAUAAUUAUUGCAAGAGAAUCAAUUUCAGUAAUGCCAUGUAUUUUAAUUUAAUGCAGAUACGAAUCCACAGUUUAACUUUUGUAAAUUGUAAAUUUGUGCCGAAUCAUUCAUGCAACAAUUGUCCUAAAUUUAAAUUAAAAGAAUAAAAUAUGAAAUGCUUUAAGAAA